UUGGACCCUUUACGCUUUUCUCUCUCUCCCAAUUUCCCAACUGCUUUAAUUUGAAUCUCUUCAGAUUCGUCUGUUAUUAAAUAAGCUAGCCGUUAACUGAGGAAUCCCUCUACCACUAAGGCGUUGGAUUUGCUCUCAUGGGUAUCUUUUGAUCUGAGGAGGCAUUACCAGGCAACUGACUGCUAUUUAGCAAUGGCAUCUCCAACUACUUAUACUGAUGAUAUGAGGUCCAAGCCUGACAUUGUUGAUCUUCCGAACAGUAAAGACAUGAUGGAAAUCUGUGAAAAUGCAAAUGAUCCUUCUCAACAUGCUACAAAACCUAACAUGACAGUUGCUAGCAGUGUUCGUGAAUUGUUAGAGUGUCCAGUAUGCUUAAAUGCUAUGUACCCUCCCAUCCAUCAGUGUUCAAAUGGCCACACAUUAUGUUCUGGUUGCAAGCCUAGGGUGCACAAUCGCUGCCCAACUUGCCGGCAUGAACUUGGCAAUAUAAGAUGUCUUGCGCUAGAGAAGAUUGCGGCCUCUCUUGAACUUCCUUGCAAGUAUCAAAGUUUUGGGUGCACUGGCAUAUUCCCAUACUAUAGCAAGCUAAAGCAUGAAUCACAAUGUGCAUGUAGACCCUACAACUGUCCAUAUGCCGGUUCAGAGUGCACUGUCAUCGGUGAUAUCCCUUAUCUGGUUUCCCACCUGAAAGAUGACCACAAAGUGGACAUGCACAGUGGCAAUACUUUCAACCAUCGAUAUGUGAAAUCUAAUCCACAUGAAGUAGAGAAUGCCACAUGGAUGUUAACGGUUUUCAGUUGCUUCGGACAGUAUUUCUGUCUGCAUUUUGAGGCAUUCCAACUUGGGAUGGCACCAGUGUAUAUAGCAUUCUUGCGGUUUAUGGGUGAUGACAAUGACGCCAAGAACUACAGUUACAGUCUUGAAGUGGGUGGCAAUGGAAGGAAGAUAAUAUGGCAAGGGGUUCCUAGAAGCAUAAGGGACAGCCACAGGAAGGUGCGUGACAGUUUAGAUGGUCUCAUUAUCCAACGUAACAUGGCUCUCUUCUUCUCAGGUGGAGACAGGAAGGAGUUGAAGCUGAGGGUCACUGGUAGGAUUUGGAAAGAACAAUGAGGGUCUCACUAAAAUUUAUUUAGUAGUUCUCAUGAAUAGUUAGUUGUCUGUCUUCUGUUCAUGUAUUUUGUGUUGAAGGCAAAAUCUCUUUUGCUUAUGGGAUGCAUUGAAUACAUGAAUGGAAAGACAAUCAUAUUAAAAUAGGAAAAUUGUUACAAAGAAAUUGUUCAU